AUGGCGCCAACGAGGAAUUGGCUCUCCUUCCCUUCACCUUUGGUCGAAAUGCUCAUUCCAGACCCCUCUUACUUCGACGGGGACGGUGAGCUUCGCCUCCUAACUUCCGAGCCCAGGGCAGUGAAGCUGGAGGAUUUCCUCGGCGGCCACCAUUCGUUGCCUCUAGUUUCCGAUUUAUCCGUAGAUGAUGCGUUGGAGCUCUCCUCGUCCAUCACAGAUGUUCCCAUAUCGGUCAGCUUUGGUGUUCCUCCUGAGGACUCCUCGUCAGCCACGGGGAACAAUUUUCUCCGUCUUGCCGAUCAUUCCGCCGAUGCCGACCUCGCUUUAUCGCAACUGCAGCAGCGGCCUGAAGCUGUUGAUUCCAUGAAGCUGCCGGUUGGUUCUUUGGUUUCUUCCCAGAGAACGUCAGUUUACCGCGGCGUUACCCGGCACAGGUGGACGGGUCGAUUUGAGGCCCACCUCUGGGACAACACUUGGAGACGCGAAGGGCAGAAGCGCAAGGGACGCCAAGUUUAUCUAGGUGGGUAUGACAAUGAAGAGAGAGCCGCCAGGACCUAUGAUCUUGCUGCUUUGAAGUAUUGGGGUCUAGCAGCAACAACUAACUUUCCGGUGAAAAACUACUGUACAGAGAUGGAGGAGAUGCAAAGCUUGACCAAGCCGGAAUUCAUUGCAUCCUUAAGAAGGAAGAGCAGUGGAUUUUCUAGGGGGGCUUCUAUCUACAGAGGUGUAACUAGGCAUCACCAGCAUGGUCGUUGGCAGGCUAGGAUAGGCCGAGUGACAGGCAACAAAGAUCUCUACUUGGGAACAUUUGCCACAGAGGAGGAGGCUGCUGAAGCCUAUGAUGUUGCUGCAAUCAAAUUCAGGGGCGCUAAUGCGGUUACCAAUUUUGAGUUUAGCAGAUACAAUUUGGAGGCAAUCGCCAACUCGGAGCUGCCAAUUGGUGCCAAGGCUAAAAGAAUGAAACUAAAGCUCCAGGUCAGCAAUGAUAGCCAGCUUAGUAUUAGAAAUCCUGCUGCUUCUCUAACUUCAACCAUCAAUGAGGAACCCUCUGCUAUACUUCAGAACAGCCUUCAGCUACGAUGCAGCAGUAAACAACCUGCUCUUCAGUACUGUAGCUUUGUGGGUAGUGAGUACUCAGAUCUCUGCGACCAGAAUCUCCAUUGGCUCGUUCCUAAUGGAGAAACCAUCUAUCAGAUCAACAAUGGUGAUUUUGUACAGUUUAUGCAUGCUGCUGCAUCUUCAUCCAGGUGAGUAUUUCAGAUCCUUCAUAGUAUGUAUGUAUAUCUCUGUUUUGCUGCUUGGAAUGCUACAGGC